UAAUAUCUAUUCGACUAUCUGCCAUUCUGCCUGUCUGAGUGCCUGCCCGCUUUGAGUGUUAGUUCUCCUUCGUCUUGGUAUCUGUUCAUAUCAAAUUUAAUUUGUAAUAAUGGCAAAUAUAGCAGCAAAACGUAUAAAACGAGAGUUCAAGGAGGUCAUGAAAAGCGAAGAGGUUGCAGGCGGUAGCAUUAAAUUGGAGUUGAUUAACGACAGCUGGACCGAGCUCCAAGGCGAGAUUGCUGGUCCACCGGACACACCAUAUGAAGGUGGAACGUUCUUACUCGAGAUCAAGGUGCCGGAGACAUAUCCAUUCAAUCCGCCGAAGAUUCGCUUUAUGACAAAGAUCUGGCACCCUAACGUGUCAUCAGUAACAGGCGCUAUAUGCUUAGACAUCCUCAAAGAUCAAUGGGCGGCUGCCCUGACGCUGCGUACAGUGCUGCUCUCGAUCCAGGCACUUUUGUCAGCCGCGGAGCCGAACGACCCGCAAGAUGCUGUGGUGGCUAAGCAAUACCGCGAAGACAUACGACUGUUUAAUCUGACUGCCAGUCACUGGACCAAUGUCUAUGCUGGAGGGCCUACUGUUAUCUGGGAGUUCAAUCAGAAGGUUCAAGUAUUAAUAGAUAUGGGCAUUGAUGAAGAUCAAGCUAGGGUAGCGCUUUCUACGUUCGAAUGGGAAAUUGAAAGGGCUACAGAACAUCUCUUUAGUUAAGCAUUCUCUAGUUGACAACCAGCAGAGCCAACAAUGCUGGCUAUAUUGUAAUUUGACUAAAACACAGAGUUACAAUUAUUGUUAUUCUCCAAUGAAUUUCCUGCGCUGACUCAAAUAAUUAUGUAAUCAAUAAACCACCUGGACAUUCAUGUGUAAUCAAAUAUUAGGAU